AUGCCUCGUCGCUUGGUUCCCUCUCCAUUUACUCUCAAUCGAUUCACCGUUGUCCAAGUCCGCUAUAAUAGCACUGUCGGCACUGGCGCGCGUGGUUCGGUAAUCGACACCCAACACGUCCCCGCACCGGGAGCAGGUCAUAUCAAGGUCCUUCUAUUAAACAGACCAGAAGCCAGGAAUGCUAUUUCACGAGAGUUGCUGGACAGCUUAACCAAACAUGUCAAUUCAAUUGAUGCUGAAAAUGGGAAAGGGCCUACGCGGGCUUUGGUUCUCGCCAGCAACAUAGAUGCGGCAUUCUGCGCUGGCGCGGACCUGAAGGAGCGGGCCAAGUUCACGAGAGAAGAGACCGAAGCAUUCCUCGCCCAACUCCGACAAACAUUCACAAACCUUGCUGCCCUCCCAAUCCCAACCAUCUCAGCCAUCUCUUCAAUGGCUUUAGGCGGCGGCCUCGAGCUCGCCCUGUCCACUAACCUUCGUGUCUUUGGCUCGACGAGUAUUGUGGGUUUGCCUGAAACCCGACUCGCCAUUAUUCCUGGGGCUGGGGGAACUUAUCGGCUACCCAAGCUCAUUGGUGAAAGCCGGGCGCUUGACAUGAUUCUCACUGGUCGGAGAGUUAGUGCGGCAGAGGCUUACUUCAUCGGGCUCUGUAAUCGACUGGUGGAGGUCAGCCCUGAGGAAGCCGCCCAACCAGGCGCAGCGAGGGAAAAAGUUAUACAAGAGACCAUAAAGCUUGCCCUGGAUAUUUGUGAAGGUGGUCCCAUCGCGUUGAUGCAAGCCAUGAAGGCAGUUCGUGGGUUUGAAAAGGGAGCGGAGGCGGAAAACCAGGCCUACCUAGGCGUUGUGGGGACGGAAGACCGAUUCGAGGCGCUCAAAGCCUUUGCGGAAAAGAGGAAACCGUGCUUCAAGGGCAGGUGA